AUGAAGCCAGCUGGAAGGCAGCGUGUGUCGCUUGCUUGCUUGGCGUGCCGCGCAAAGCGGAUGCGUUGUGACGGCAAGGAGCCAGCUCGGAUCCGACACUUGGAGUCUCAGUUGACAUCAUUGGGUGCUCCGUUACCUGGUGCCCAAUGCGUCGAAUUGGGCCGCGAGGGGAGCGAGGCGGAAAGUGAGACAGAGAGUGACCAGCAUGAUCACGAUCCCUUGUCCGAGCUGACCGGCCUCGUCGGGCGGCUUGCCGUAGUCGACGAUGGGCAACUGCACUAUUUCGGCUCCCAGAGCUCCUUCAAUUUGCCGAGGCAGCCCGCUAACCCAGCUCCCACGGCGCAGAAUCUUUGGACCAGAAUGCAGACGCAAGGCCUCGCUGCGGCAGCUCAGCUUGGGAUGCUUACCGCGAUAUCCUCGGAACUUGAGGAUCACCUUCUAGAUCUGUACUGGAGGUGGCAGAAUUCAUGGAACUACAUUGUUCACAAAGGCGCUUUUUUGAGAAGCCGGGCGGGCCUCGACGAUGGGCGAUACUGCUCUCCGCUGCUUCUCUCCGCUAUAUUCGCAAUCUCCGCGCGAUAUUCGGAUCGGGUCGAAUUACGAACCAUCGCUGAUGAUCCUAGCACAUCCGGAAAUGCCUUUUGUGAGCAAGCCAAGAUAUUGCUGCUCUACGAAAGCGAGGCACCGUCGGUUACUACCGUUCAAGCAGCGGCCAUAUUGGGUCUGCGUAUUAUGUCGGAUGGGAAAGAAGCACUUGGCUGGCUAUAUUGUGGUCCGUAA